AUGCUCCAAACGCAGACCUCUCACGUCUUCUCCCAUCAGCAUCAGUACCCCCAGGCUGAUCCGUCCUGGCUGCAGCAACAGCAACAGCAACAGCAGCAGCAACAUCACCAAGCCCAGCACCAUCCCCACCAGGCCCAGCAACAUUCCAUAGUGGCCCAACAGCAUGCCCAAGUUCAGGCUGCAGCGGCUGCCGCGGCUGCCGCUCAACAACAACAUUACAACCGCAUUGCCAUGGCUUCUAACCCCAGUGGUGCGAAUCCAGCACAGGGCGCCGGUGCCGGCGCGAUAGGUGGGGAUGCUUCUAUGCCGGGCGCGGUGUCGGUGAUGGAUGGCGGGAUCAGCGAUGAGAACCGCAAGGUCUUCAUCUGGGUGGCCGAGCUCCUGGACCCGAACCGCAGAGAGGCAGCUCUCAUGGAGCUCAGCAAGAAGAGAGAGCAGGUGCCUGAGUUGGCGUUGGUCAUUUGGCAUUCAUUCGGUGUCAUGACUGCUCUCCUUCAAGAGAUUAUCUCCGUAUACCCCCUUCUGAACCCCUCCCAGUUGACGGCGGCGGCUUCAAAUCGAGUCUGCAACGCGCUGGCGCUUUUACAAUGCGUUGCCUCUCAUAAUGAGACUCGCACUCUGUUCUUGAAUGCACAUAUCCCACUUUUCCUCUAUCCAUUCCUUAAUACCACCUCUAAAUCUCGUCCGUUCGAAUACCUGCGACUCACCUCCUUGGGCGUGAUCGGUGCCUUAGUCAAGAACGACUCCUCGGAUGUCAUCAACUUCCUCCUCACCACCGAGAUCAUUCCGCUCUGCCUUCGCAUCAUGGAGACGGGCUCGGAGCUGAGCAAAACGGUGGCGAUUUUCAUUGUACAAAAGAUCCUGUUGGAUGAUAUUGGUCUGGCUUAUAUUUGCGCCACAUACGAGAGAUUUUACGCCGUGGGGACCGUUUUGAGCAACAUGGUCACUCAGUUGGUGGAGCAGCAAACCGUCAGGUUGCUCAAGCACGUUGUGCGCUGCUUUCUUCGCCUCAGUGACAAUAGCCGAGCGCGGGAAGCUUUGCGACAGUGUCUCCCCGAACCCCUGCGGGACGCCACCUUCUCUUCCGUUCUCCGCGACGACGCCGCCACGAAACGUUGUCUCGCGCAGCUCCUCAUCAACCUCUCCGAUAACGUCUCCGAUGGCGCUCCCGGCGUUGCUUUGUAA